UGGUUGGUCCGCCAUAAUCAUUCGUGUGGGUCUGUGCUUGUGUGGUUUGGGUGUCUUACCGGUGCCAACCAUUAUUUUUAAUUAGUAAUAAGUUAUGCGUAUGAAUCCAGACAUGGACGAUGAUGAGAAGGGAAAACUGUUUGUGGGGGGUCUGUCAUGGGAAACGUCCCAAGAGAACUUGCAGCGGUAUUUCUCCCGUUAUGGCGACGUCAUCGACUGCGUCGUGAUGAAGAACAGCGAGUCGGGUCGCUCGAGGGGUUUCGGCUUCGUUACGUUCGCUGAACCAGCUUUGGUUAACGUCGUUCUGCAGAAUGGACCCCAUCAGUUGGAUGGCAGAACAAUCGAUCCAAAGCCGUGCAAUCCCCGAACUUUGCAAAAACCAAAACGGGGCGGUGGCUACCCUAAGGUAUUCCUCGGCGGUCUGCCUUCUAACAUCACUGAAACCGACCUGCGUGUGUUUUUCGGUCGUUAUGGGAAAGUCAUGGAAGUCGUCAUUAUGUAUGACCAGGAGAAAAAGAAGUCUCGAGGCUUUGGAUUCCUGUCGUUUGAAGACGAGAUCUCCGUGGAAAGAGUGACCCAGGAACACUUCAUCAACCUCAACGGGAAACAAGUGGAGAUCAAGCGUGCGGAGCCACGCGACGGGUCCGGUAAGCUGGGCUCAGGCGGCGGUGGCAUGGGCGGCGGGGGCAUGGGCGGAGCGCCCGGGGACGCGCCCGCCGCCGGCCAGUGGGGGCCGCCGCAGGCCGCGCCCAUGAACAUCAUUCAGGGGCACAACGGACAGAUGGGAGGCCCGCCCAUCAACAUGCCCAUGGCUGGUCCCAAUAUCAUGCAAGGGUACCAGGGCUGGGGCACGUCGGCCGGGCAGACGUCGUACGCGGGCUACGGCGCGGCCGGCGGCGCGGGCGGGCCCGGCAACUACCAGGGCUGGGGCGCGCCGCCCGCCCCGCAGGCGCCGCCGCACGCGCCCGCCUGGCCCGCCACCAACAACUACACGCAGCACGCGCAGCCGCCCGCGCAGGGAUACGGCAGCUACGCAAACUACAGCUCCGCUCCCGCGGGCGCUUCCGCCGGAGGCAGCUGGACCAACUGGAGCAUGCCCCAAAACUCCAACUCCACUGGCUCUGGCUCGUACGUGCCGCUGUCGGAGGGCGGCGAGAUGUACGGGCGCGGCGGCGGCGGCGCGGCGGGCGGCGCGGCGCCGGCGCUGGCGGGCGCGCUGUCCUCCGCCGCGCUGUCCAAGUCCUCCUCCGCGGACUACUCCACCUACCAGCAGUACCCGCCCGCCUACCAGCAGGACCAGGGCUCGUCGUACGGCGGCGGCGGGUCGCGCUACGGCGCGGGCGGCGAGUACCACUCGGGCGCCGCGCAGCCGCCAGGUGUGCACCCGCACCCGCACCACGCGCCCAAACACUUCACCGCCAACGAGUUUAACAAGGAGUGGCCCGCCGCCUAGUGCGCGCCUCGCCCGCCUCCCCACACGCACGCCCCUCGCCCUCCCGCCGCCCGUCUCGCACCUCCGCGCGCCACCGCGCACCGCGCGCACCACUUCUGACAACGACAGUUAACGAUCCGUAAUGUUCAGACGAUCUAUCUGGUGCGAUUGGUAACGCGAGAGUGCCGAAACGGACGGUAAAACACGACAGAUCGAUUUUCAACACUAGCGACACUGUACCAGAUUAUGGACCGACAAGCUCGACCCACGAUCGUAGAUUUUAUAUGACACGGGAUGUUCGUUUUUAUAGAUACUUUCGAUGACUGCUUAGCACUUUUUGACGAUAAAUAUACUUUAUUGUAGUUUGAAAAAAAUAAAAAUAAAAUCAUGUUGCCUGUUAGUUACGAAACUCGAAUGAAAUGAAAUAUAAGAAGUUAAAUUUUAUAACAAUGCAAUAUAAUAUUAAAAUAAUGAUGAUUGAUAACUUUAGUAACGUGUUAAAACGUACCCAAUUUUUAAGAAGUAAUUUUAAAAAAAAAUCCAACGACUGCAUUAACACAAACCCACACGCGUACUUUAAUUUUAGUCGUAAUCAAAUUAAUUGUAAUUAAACUAAAUUUAGAUAAUGACAAUGAUCGUUCAGAUGUGUUUACAAAGGAAGCGUUAGGUAGCAGGAAGUUGUUCUUGUUUUCCCUCCCUGAGUCUCGCGGCUCCGUGUCCGAAGCACGCCGAGGUGUGCGUGUACAUCUCUGUACACAAAAGUUUCUUUAUCUUUUUAUUAUUCUAUUUUGGAUGUGGGCUCCUUUUAACGUUUUAUUUUACUUCGUACUUUGAUAGCGUCAAAGAAUUAUCUUUUCGCGUUUAUAAAAUGAUUUCUUUUAAUAACACCACGUAAUGUAUCGAUGGGAUCUCGCUAUUUCGUGUAGUGGUGAUGUUACGAAGUGUAGAUGUAAGCGCCACGAACGCUCCGCGCACAAUUGACAGACACAAUGUUAAAACAAGGCCAAUUUAGGGAAAAUUACCUAAACAACUUAACUUAAGCUAAUGACUUGUAUAAAUAUUUGGUAUAUAUAUCGAUAUGUAUGUUUAAUAUUAGAAUUUUGGUUAUUUACCACCCACUAGACUUAGGAAAAUGGUAGGGAUGUAAUGAAAUAAUUAUGUGUUAAUAUUUAACAAAGCAAAGUAUGACUGAACGUGAUUUUAAUAUUUUUAAUUUCCCGUUGUUAAAAAAAGGGGAGCAAUUCUGUAUAAAUAUUAUUCGUAAUUAUAAUUAUUUUCUUAUAUGGAUUUUAGUUUUUUAUCGCAAUUUUAAGUUUAUAUGGAACUUAUACUUUAAUGAAUUUUUACCUGCCAAAUUGUUAUAACGAGCAAACGAUAACGUAUUUGUUAAGUGAUAAAGCUCAAGCAUUUAGGAUAUAGAGCAGUCGGCCUCGCCGGCGCCCUCCGCACCCUUCGCGCGGACUCUUGUACAUACAUAUAUAUACUUACUUGUGUGUAAAACAUAAUUUUAAUCGAUUCUCUCGUCACAUAGUUUUAAAGUUUUUAAUUUAUGUGAUCGCCAAAUAUAUUUAAAAGCUAUAUAGGGGUUAUACGGCGGUGGCGGCCCCUCGCGCUCGCCCGCUCCCUCACAAAGUGAGUUAUAAUUUAAAGUAACAUUUUUAGAUUAAAUUUAAUGUUAGUCCUUUACUGUACUAUAUCGCUCAAUCAUUUGACCGAUCGACUGAUUAAAAUUUUAGUGAUAAGCUAAGUAAUGUAAUCGCGAGCGGGGCGGCGAGCGCGCCGCGGGCCCGACCUGUUCCUUUAAGUUAAUGCUAGAUACGCGGCCGGCGCCACGCGCGGUCACAUUUGUUAUAAAUGUUUUAAUAGGAAAAUUGUUGAUAAUUACAUUGAAUGCAUAAUUUGAUAGUAUAGGGUUAUUUAAGAUCGCACCGUAAGUAAAGUAUAAUUUAUCUAUGACUAUGAGGAGUAAUGUGAGACGUAAGCGUUUAUAAGUGACGCGGUCCGGCGAAAGGUGCGGAGUCCCAAAUUUAAUGCUAAAUCAUAGAAAAAACGCCUUACAUUGUGAUGUUCAUAGUUAAAGCGCAUAUUGGUACAUUUCUUAUAGCUCUAUUAUAUUACACACGACUGAAACACAUCAUUAUGUAGGAAGUUGAAACUUGUACCUUAAAACGAUAUAUUGAAAUAUUAUUAAUAAUUACUAAAUGAUGUCGGUGCCUAUUUGCCCACUACUAGGUUACGUGUAGUUGUGCCCGUUUCUUACCGCUCCUUUACUCUUACCUGAUCGUUCCUAUGUAAGUUAGGUUUAAUUUGUCUCGAUUCAUUCCUCAGUAACGAUACGCGUCCUAAUAUACUGUCGCUGUAAGUCCUGUUUUAUAAGUUCGCUUAGACGGCACGUUCGAGUCGCUUUUACUUGGCAUUUGUAUCGUCGAUCGACUAACCAGUAACCCGCUGCCCAUUGCGCCGUCGCACCGUCGCACUCCGCGGGCGAGUGGCUCCGCCCCGCGGCCGCGCUCGCCCGCGCCGCCCGCGCUCGCCCGCUCCGGCGCGGGCGGCGACUUGUGCGACGUGUCGUGUCCGCAUUUUGGUUCUAAUUUACUUACUGUAGGUUUAAUAUACAACCACCGAUGAAGUGAUGACAUUGUUCACGUCUGUUUAAUGUUAGGAAAUGAUGCCUUACAAAAAGUUAAGUGAAUAUAGAGAUGAUUUAUAUUAUGUUAAUUUCAGUGAUAUUAAAUUAGCACUAAGGUGUCUUUUAGAUACGGGCUCGGUACCCGGACUCACAAACCUUCGGAACAAUUUGUAAGAAGUUAGUUUGUAAUUAACCAUCGUGGCAAUCUUCUAAGUAACAUAAAGAGUAUAAUUUAUUUAAAUAAAGUAUAAUAUGUAUUAGAAAUUUUAGAUUUACUCAACAUUAAACUUAGUGCAAAUUAUUGUGAGAAAUCAAUUGAGACUAUUUAUAUGGGUUUUUAAUUAUUAUUAUAUAGGAGAAGAGCAUAAAAUAUUGGAUGAAUUUAUUAAUUAAAAAUAGUUAGCAAAAUACAAUACGGUAAGACUCGUUAGAGGCUCGUCUGUCAAAUGUGUUCCGCGGGCGUGACGCGGCGCGCUCAUCUCGGGCACUUGCAUCAGUUGCAUUUUAAUAUUACACUGAGUAAUAUCGACAUAAGAUAUACACUGUAUCUUAAUAAUAAUGUUUAUGGAAUAAUAUUUUAAUCAUGGCUUAACUGUAGUACUGUUGUGUAGUUAACCUUUCGACUCUUGUUUGUAUUACUUUAUAUAAUAUAGUGUACGCGGUUUUUUAUAUGUGUAUGUUUAUUCAAGUAGUAACAUGUUUGUGUAAAAGUGUAUUUUGGUAUAAUAAUUAUGAUAUCUCGCGCGCGCGGUUUUGUCUGUGUAGUGCCGCGCGGGCGCUUGCAUAAAUAAACUUAUGAUCGUAAUUGACUAAUUAUAUUAUAUGAGACCCCUAGUGUUAACGUUAGAUUAGCAGGACUCUUUUUAAGUUUAUUUUCUACUCGUCUAAAAGAAUUGCAUUUAGUCAAAGGCAUCGGCAGCUAACAGUCGAUUCUUACUAUAGUCGGUUCUAAAGUUAUUUUUAAAACAAUGCAGGUAUUAUUAAUAUAAAAUCCUCGUAUUUAUACUAGAUUUAUAUACUAUAAAUGUAAUUAUUGAACACACUAUCGUAAAAUAAAUUGCACGGGCUUUACAGUUAAUUAUAACAUUAAUUAUUAUAAAACUUAGGGCAAGUUGUUAUUUAUUUCUGUUUUAAUUAAAAUUUUGAUGUUGAUUAUUUUUUAAAAUAUUUUUUUUUUUCAUUAUAGUGGAUAAAGUACAUAAUUCUCGAUCGAUUAGAUUACAAAAUUAUUAGGUGAACUAUCGACUGAUGUACAAUAUUUAAAGUAAUGGUUACUUACGGCAAUAUAUAAGUUUUACUUUAUGCGGCUCCACUACGGGGCGCUGUAUUUAUACUGUAUUAAUUUCGUAUAAAAUGUAAUUAAUUGGAAGCGGCGACCGCGACCGAGCCACAUAUUAAGCAUGUUACGAUUGUAAGACUAUUAUCUAGAUUUGUUGUAACUCGUAAUGUUGUAACUCGUAAUGUACCACUAGCCCUAAGGCCCGAGCGAGCGCGCGCGCGCCGCGCCGUCGCGCCGCCCCGGCGCCGCCGCGCGCGCGCGCUCGCGACUAUUAUAUAAAAAGGAAAAUUAUGAUAGACUUACACGUGCGUCCUUGUUGUUUCUUUUUUAACGAUUACCUAAUGAUAAUUAGUUAAUUACGGUUUUAAUAAUUAAUUUUAACCGAAGCACUAAAAUAUUAAGACGAGAAGCUUGUACGCGAUAAAACAUUCGAUGUAACGAUUCGAAGUGCUAUCACAGAAAAUAAUAACACUUAAGGUUUUUCGAAGUAGAAAUUAUGCAUUAUUCAUAUUAGGUAUUUUGGGUAUAUAUUAGUUAGUUUUAACUGGUAACAUAAGUAUGUAGUUUGUAAUGUAAUGAAAAAAUAAACAGUUUGUCGUAGUUUCCUAUUAUUAAGCUUCUUCUAUCUUAAUGGUUUAAGUAAUACUACUGGUUGAAUAAUUUAAAAAAUAUUAAUAUUACCACUGCAAAUAUUUGAGAUAUCUUAUGAUGAAAUAUAUAUCUACUUUAAGGACAUUAUAAAACGUAGAUAAUUAAAAGAAAUCAAAAAUUUCAAAAUAUAUCUGGCAUUUUUAAUGGUUGCCCCUCUACCCCAUAGAUUAGUCACCCCUAGGCUAGGAAGAAGUUAUCAUAAUUUUUGUUUUUAUAUCGAUUCAAAAUUCACCCGGAUCCUAGAGUUUCAUAAUAGUCUUACACUACUAAUACAAGACAAUGAACAUAGAAACGAUAUCGGUCCGUUUCAAUUAAUUAUGUUGAAUAUUCCACACUGCUCAACUAUUCUGUACAUGCACUAACAUAUGACUCACGCGGUAAAGUAUUUGCAAUAUUACUAAUAUUCUUAAUUUUUUUCAUUUCUUACCUCUAUCUGUAUCUUC